AUGAUUCAGACGACCUUUUGUACCCCUGUGAGGAAACGAAUGCACCCUGACUUGAUCACUGGUAAUCCCCAGCAAGAACUGAAAUUUAGAGAUGUGACGGUGUACUUGGUGGAGAGGAAAAUGGGCAAAACCAGGAGGAACUUCCUGACCGGUUUGGCCAGGUCAAAGGGCUUCUGUGUGGACAGCACCUUAAGUACUAAAGUGACUCACAUUGUUGCUGAAGACAAUCCAGCGCAUGAGCUCUGGCCAUGGCUGCAGAAACAGGGACUUGCAGACCCAGAAAAUGCAAAUGUGCUGGACAUUACCUGGUUUACACAGAGCAUGAAAGCUGGCAGACCAAUUCCAGUGAAGGCACAACAUCGCAUACUGAAGCCAUCUGUGCAGAUUAAGACAGCUCCACCACACGGUCCUUUGUCCUUUGUCUCUCAGUACGCCUGCCAAAGAAGGACCACACUGUACAAUCAUAACAGCAAGCUCACAGAUGCUCUUGGGGUGCUAGCAGAGAUCUGUGAGUUCAAUGACAAUAAAGGUCCAUAUGUGGCUUAUCGGAGAGCUUCAGCUGUGUUGAAGAGUCUUUCUGCUCCACUGUGCUGUCUUCAGCAGAUGGAGGGACUUCCCUGCCUGGGAGAGGAGACCAAGGCUGUCAUCCAGGAUAUCUUGGAAUGUGGAUCGUCCUAUAAAGUUGAAGCAGUAUUAACAGAUGAGAGGUAUCAAACUUUAAAGCUUUUUACAAGUGUGUUUGGAGUUGGACCCAAGACAGCCGAGAAGUGGUACCGCAGAGGCCUGCGUAGCCUGGAGCAGAUCAGCUCAGAGUCCAGCAUCCACUUAAACAAGAUGCAGACAGCAGGAUUACAGUACUUUGAAGACAUCUCAACACCAGUAACCAAAGCUGAGUCUUUAGCACUGGAACGUAUUAUAAAAGAAACCUCCAGCUGCUUCAGUCCCAAUGUGACCGUUACCCUGACUGGAGGCUUUCGCAGGGGGAAAGAGUUUGGACAUGAUGUGGAUUUUAUCCUGACUGUACCUGAGCCUGGUAGAGAAGAUAGACUUCUGCCUGCAGUGAUUAAUAGACUCCAGAGUCAAGGCAUCCUUCUAUACGUCGACUUUCAGGACUCAACCUUUGAUAUAACAAAGUUGCCCAGUCGUCGGUUUGAAGCCAUGGACCACUUCCAGAAGUGUUUCCUAAUCAUGAAGUUGAAGCUGGAGCUGGUGGAGGGCCAAAGGGCAGAGCAGAGCUGUAGGAGAGACUGGAGGGCAGUACGGGUUGAUCUGGUGGCUCCUCCGGCUGAGCGCUACGCCUUUGCUCUGUUGGGCUGGAGUGGCUCCACGCAGUUUGAGAGGGAUCUGAGAAGAUUUGCCCGUUUGGAGCGGAAUAUGCUGCUUGACAACCAUGCCCUCUAUGACAAAACCACGAAUACCUUCCUGCAGGCCAAGACAGAAGAGGACAUCUUCAGCCAUUUGGGACUGGACUAUAUUGAGCCUUGGCAGAGAAAUGCUUAG